UUCCCCUCCGGCCCGGGCCGUCGCCAUUGCCGAAGGCUCCUGCCCUCCCCUCCCUGGCCCAAGGGGUUCUGCGCCUCACGGCCUCAGUAGCGACGGCCGCGCCCCGCUCCUCUCCACUCCGCCCUGCCCUCCUCCCUUUCUGCUCCCCAGCGCAGUGCUCGCCCGCGUCGGCCCGGCAGCCUGCCCUGGGUCGGGCGAAGACCUUUCCUCUCUGGCCGUUUCAUAAUUUGGAAUCAUGUCUGAUAACGGAGAGCUAGAAGACAAGCCCCCAGCACCUCCAGUGCGAAUGAGCAGUACCAUUUUUAGCACCGGAGGAAAAGAUCCUUUAUCAGCCAAUCACAGUUUGAAACCUUUGCCUUCUGUUCCAGAGGAAAAAAAACCCAGGAACAAAAUCAUCUCCAUAUUCUCCGGCACAGAAAAAGGAAGUAAAAAGAAAGAAAAAGAACGACCAGAGAUUUCUCCCCCAUCUGAUUUUGAGCACACCAUCCAUGUUGGCUUUGAUGCUGUUACGGGAGAGUUCACUGGCAUGCCAGAACAGUGGGCGAGGCUGUUGCAGACCUCCAACAUCACCAAACUCGAGCAGAAGAAGAACCCUCAGGCCGUGCUGGAUGUCUUGAAGUUCUAUGACUCCAACACUGUGAAACAGAAGUACCUGAGUUUCACUCCUCCUGAGAAAGAUGGCUUCCCUUCUGGAACACCAGCACUGAACACCAAAGGGUCAGAGACAUCAGCAGUAGUGACAGAGGAAGAUGAUGAUGAUGAAGAUGCUGCUCCUCCCGUCAUUGCCCCUCGGCCAGAUCAUACAAAAUCAAUUUACACACGGUCUGUCAUCGACCCUAUUCCUGCUCCAGCUGGUGAUUCUAAUGUUGACAGUGGUGCCAAGUCUUCAGACAAACAGAAAAAGAAAGCCAAGAUGACGGAUGAAGAGAUUAUGGAGAAAUUAAGAACUAUUGUGAGCAUAGGUGACCCUAAGAAAAAAUACACAAGAUAUGAAAAAAUUGGUCAAGGGGCUUCUGGAACAGUUUUUACUGCAACUGAUGUGGCCCUGGGACAAGAGGUUGCUAUCAAGCAGAUUAAUUUACAGAAACAACCAAAGAAGGAAUUGAUCAUUAAUGAAAUUCUGGUGAUGAAAGAGUUAAAGAAUCCCAACAUAGUUAACUUCUUGGACAGUUACUUGGUAGGAGAUGAGUUGUUUGUGGUAAUGGAGUACCUUGCUGGUGGGUCACUCACUGAUGUUGUAACAGAAACCUGCAUGGACGAAGCGCAGAUUGCAGCUGUAUGCAGAGAGUGUUUACAGGCGUUGGAGUUUUUACAUGCUAAUCAAGUGAUCCACAGAGACAUUAAAAGUGACAACGUGCUUUUGGGAAUGGAAGGCUCAGUUAAACUUACUGAUUUUGGCUUCUGUGCCCAGAUCACCCCUGAACAGAGCAAACGCAGCACUAUGGUUGGAACGCCGUACUGGAUGGCACCAGAGGUGGUUACACGGAAAGCCUAUGGUCCCAAAGUUGACAUAUGGUCUCUGGGCAUCAUGGCCAUCGAGAUGGUUGAAGGAGAGCCUCCAUACCUCAAUGAGAAUCCUUUACGGGCAUUAUACCUAAUAGCAACAAAUGGAACUCCUGAACUUCAGAAUCCAGAAAAACUUUCCCCAAUAUUUCGGGAUUUCUUAAAUCGGUGUUUGGAAAUGGAUGUGGAGAAAAGGGGUUCAGCCAAAGAACUGUUACAGCACCCUUUCCUGAAACUGGCCAAACCAUUAUCUAGCUUGACGCCGCUGAUCCUGGCAGCUAAAGAAGCAAUGAAGAGUAAUCGCUAACUUUGUCACCGAAGCCUCCUGUUCCCUAUCCAUUUUCUAAAAGAAGUCUUUUAAUACAUGAAAUUGUUACUCUGAGGGGUAUAAAGAGACAAGUCUGCAUCACAUGGAGAAAAAAAAGCAAAUUAUUAUUUUCUAAAGAUGACCAAGAGAAAAUUGCAGUAAGAGUUAUGACUGAAAUGAGCCCCUGCUUUAGGGUCCAAAAGGAAUCGUGGACUGCAUCGCUAGCCUUACAUUUCUCAGCAGACAGCGCUUGAUGCUUACGUACUGUUUUAAUGACUCUUAGUAUGUAGAUCCUGUUCAUCGUCUCCUUUGGGGAAUUUCCCAUACUUGAAUGUCAGAUUCGAGUUUUUCCCAGUAUUUCAUCUGCUGGUCUUCUCUAACCUUCCUCUAACCCGUUCCUCUUGAGUUGUCGCUUUGAGUUUUUCUUAUGCCUAAAUUCAAGGCAGAUGUGAUAAAAUUAUGUAGCUCUUUAUAUUGGGAAAGGAGCUUGACAUGUUUUAACUUUUUAUAGAAGUUAGGACCAGCUGUUGUACAUGUAGUAUUUCAGUUCAGAGCUUAAACUGAAAAGGGGAAAGUAUGUGAUUUUUACCUUUUUUAACAAAUGUGAACGAGUCAGCUUUAGAAAUUUCAUGGUAGUGAGUUUGACAUUUGUUACAUGUAUAGAAAGAGGACUAAUAAUCUAUAUUUAUAACUAAAUCAUUGAUACAGAGAAAAAAAAUCCCACUGACUGUAUGUUCUCACUAUUUUGUCUUCUUUCCUGUCUGUCUCUUCUCCUAUUUGGCUUUAGGAACCAAAGUGAUGCUUGUUCUUGAGGGCUUUAACUUUGGUGCCACUCCCUUCCCCGUGAUUCCUUGGAAAUGAGUGUCUAUAUAUGUUGUGAUUUUAGGUGUCAUUUUUGAGUCAACCCUUAUUUCACAUACACCCCUUCCACCCUCUAGGACAAGUAAUAACCAUUGAAUUUUCAAAAUUUAAAAGUUAAGGCUUUUCCUACUUAAAAGGAAAAAUAUUUGGGACUAGCAGAAACCAAGUGAGAUUUGAACUUCGGAGAGUUCUAGGCUAGUUGCAAUAAUGAAAUGUCAAUAUUGUAGAGGUGAAGCUUAUGGCAGCGAACUGUAAAGACUCAUCUAACCUUCUGUGUUCCCAACCCAUUAUCAAUGUUUUACUGUUCAUGAGAGAUGAAAUAGCACAGUACUUGAUGGAUCAUUUGAGGUGUUGGGUACUUUAGUGUUUGUUUUUCCAAAUGAGUAGGGUAUUCAUUGUAAAAAACUGGAGUCAGAAAACUGCAGUGUUUGUACCGUUAGGAAUACUUUUUAUUUUAAAGAUUUGAUAAAAGGUCUGUGACCUGUAGUAUUAGCUGUUAGCUGCCCUCUCUCCCCUCCUGUCUUUCCUGUUCUUUGCUUCUCUGUGUUGCUUUGUUGUUUUGCCUGUGGAGGAGGUAUUGCUGUCUAUUCUACGGUCCUGCAACCAUAGAAAAGAAAUGUCUGUUGUUGGUGCAGGUUUGUCCCCACCAUUCCCUUUCAAAGAACCUGAUACAUGAGAGCACAUUCUGCAGAGUACACAUCAUGAAUGAAUAAGUUUGCUCUUUGGGUUGGGGAAAAGGGCAGGGUUUCAUUGCCUGUUGUUCCUAUUAGAAUUUGGGGAUAAGAAGAGACCACUAGGGUUUUUGAUAGCAGAAAGGCUUCAGCGAAAGUCAACAUCUAGAGCACUUACUGGCCUGUUGUCCAUGUGAGUUCUUUCUCUGGACUAUAUUUUCCUACACCUGUCACUAAAUUACAGGAACAACCUGUUGUUUGUGGUGAGAAGCUGUGCUGCCUCGAGUUCUGGCCGUGAGCCUUGUUUGUAAGCAGCUGUCUGCAUAGUGUGAUGGCAGUGCUGCCAGCAUAGUGGAAAGCCAGCUACAUGGUGGGACUGCUCAGGAAGGUGCUCCAUCCUACAUCAUAGAGAGCGCAGGGACACAUGCCACUGCCCCUCUUUAUGCUGUGACUCCACAAGGGCUUUUACACAACAGAAGCAGUCUGGGGUUUGUAUUUACAAUUUCUUGGAUGGUUAUUUGCAUGUCCAUUGCUGGCAACGGACUCUGUCAUUCAAGCCUGACUCCAAGGUUAAGGGAGCUGCACUGUGGUUUAUUCUCUCCUGACCUGGAUAAACUAACCUGGAAUAGCUAAUAGUAACGGUUAAUUUUGAGAUGUGUCAUUUUUAAACAAAAUAAUCUUUAAAGCAAUAUAGAAUUGUGAUUUAUUAGUUAAUUUUAAAUUAAAAUGUUGAGAUCCUGUUGAAAGACAA